ACCCACAAACUCACAAUUCACACAAACAAUAUAGAUUUGUGUGUGUAUUUUGUGUGUGUCAAAUUAACUUGUGCUUCCAAAGACAAAGAUAUCAAUGGAGGAUCAAAAUGAUAAUGGUAAGUUUAGCAAGCAACUUCGCAAAAUGAAACCAUACCUUGCUAUAUUGUCCCUUCAAUUUGGUUACUCGGGCAUGUACAUCAUUACUAUGGUUUCUUUCAAACAUGGUAUGAGCCAUUGGAUACUAUCCGUGUACCGUCAUGUUGUGGCCGCUAUUAUAAUUACCCCUUUCGCGUUCGUUCUCGAAAGAAAAAUAAGGCCAAAGAUGACUCUUCCCAUCUUCUUGAGGAUAGUGGCACUUGGUUUCCUUGAGCCAGUGCUAGAUCAGAACUUAUACAACAUGGGAAUGAAGAUGACCUCAACAACAUUUGCAUCUGCCACUGUUAAUGUCCUUCCAGCUAUUACUUUUAUAAUGGCACUCACUUUCAGGUUAGAGUCAGUGAAUUGGAGAAAAUUUCACAGCGUAGCCAAAGUCAUUGGAACGGUUAUAACCGUUUCAGGAGCUAUGGUUAUGACUUUGUACAAAGGUCCUGCCUUUCAGAUCAUAAAGGGAGGAGGAGCAGUCAACCACCACAGUGGUGCCGCCAACACCGAACCCUCCGACCAAAAUUGGGUGAUGGGCACAGUAAUGCUCAUUUCAAGUUGUUGUAGUUGGGCUGGAUUCUUUAUUUUGCAAUCAUUCACUUUGAAGAAGUACCCAGCAGAGCUGUCACUGACAGCAUGGAUUUGCUUAAUGGGUAUUAUUGAGGGUUCAAUUGCGUCACUUAUAUUUGAAAGGGACAUGAGCGUGUGGGUCAUAGGCUGGGACUCAAGGCUUCUUGCUUGUGUUUAUUCUGGUGUGAUAUGCUCUGGAAUGGCAUAUUAUGUACAAGGGGUUGUUACUAGGGAACGUGGACCAGUCUUUGUAACUUCUUUCAGUCCACUUUGUAUGAUUAUCACCGCUGCUUUGGGUUCUCUUGUCUUAGCUGAACUAGUUCAUCUUGGAAGUGUAUUUGGAGCUAUUCUCAUUGUAAUUGGUCUAUACACUGUGGUAUGGGGAAAAAGCAAAGAUCGUCGUGACAACACAAUAGAUACAGGGAAAUUAAGUGAAGGUCAAGAUCAAUUGCCAAUUAAGGAUGCUACAAAAUCAGACUCAGAAAAUUUUGAAGGCAUUGAGAUUAAUGUUCCUGCUGAAAAGUUAAAAAAAGGAUCAGCAAAAAAUGUUCCAACACAACCAUGAAGCUUGAUGAUGAAGUUCCAAUAGGAAUAGUUUCAUAUAUAAAUUUUUCCUAUCUGCUAGAGGUUAUGAAAGAUUUUCUGCGGUGUGAAAAUCUUUUUCAAUAUACCUGAGCCUAAGUAGCUUUAUUUUUAUUUUUUUUACCUUAAUGUUUUCUGGAAGUAUAAUAUUGUGAAUCAAAUAAUGCAAUAAUAAUGCUUUUGUCUC